UGUUUAGUUCAGAACCCUGUGUCAAACACACACAAAAAUUAAGAAAUCAAUUUAAAUUCUUUAAAUUCAUCAAAAUUAAUUCAGUUUCAUGAACACCCAUACUUAUUCGAUAGCAUUCGAUAACGCUGGUGCAGUCGAUAUUAUUAUAUCGAAUGUUUUGCACACAAAAGCAGAGAAGAAAAUUUUAGCGUGGUUUUUUCGGACGAAAAACAAUCUAAACUGCAGUAAAUCGUGAUAGAAAGUCAAACAUACUCGUAAUUGUGGCCGCAGCGAUACCCCGCACAAAUCGAAAGCAGCCAACAAGCCAAAAAUCAUCCUUGCGUUAAAUUAUAGUUGCUCAGUGUAUGCUACGUUACAAUAAAUUCUUCGGGCAAAAUAUAUCCAAGAGAGUAGUGAAGCUCGCAAAGCAAAACAAAAGCUAACAAGCUUCCGAAAUAAAAUUCUUGUUCCCCCCCGCCUGAAAGUGUCACCGCCAAGACGUUCGUGCGAAAAAUGUUUUGGGACAAGGGUUAUGCGCCCUCAGCGAAUAUAGAGGCGUUACUAGAGAAGGAGAAUUCAAAGCUGGAGGAAUUUCUAGAUGAGGAGGACAUACUGCAAGAGUGCAAAACGCAAAAGAAAACUCUCGUGAACUAUUUUACACGUGCCGAUGUGAUCAGGCGUCUGGUUGAGCUAAUCACAACUGAACCUUCUGAUGAUCUGCCCAUGGUACAGCGUUUUCGCUACGCAAACAUGUCCUGUGAGAUACUCACACUCGGCCUACCGUCCCUUGAUGAGAAGCUUCUGUCCGAUGCGGACACAAUCCAGCAGCUGUAUUCAUAUCUGGAAAAGGAACCACCGUUAAAUCCAUUGCUGUCGUCGUUUUUUAGCAAAACGUUUAGCAUGCUCUUUACCAAAAAGCCUGAACAAGAUUGGUUUUCGUAUCAACACAUGUGCCUACAACUCCUGGAGUAUAUUAAAUCGCAGAAGACCUUUUUGGAUUUCAUUUGCAAACACUUUGACACACCGGUCAUACCUGAUCUAAUAAUGCAAAUGAUGAAGGACAUCGAGGGUGGUCAACUCAAGCGAAACCUAUUCGAAUGGCUAACUGAAGAUAAAAUUGUGGAGAGACUGAUUGCAAUAUUGCGUAAUCCUCAAGAAACCGAUAAACAUGCAAAUGUUGCCGACUUUUUCUGUGAUCUUAUUAACCAAGGGCGCCUAAUGCGUCAAACCGAGCAGGAGAACGAUUCAUUUGAGCCGGCCUUUGAUGGCUCGAAUCCCAUAUUGAAAACCAUUGAAUCUGCUGAUACAAUUGAAGCCUUGUUAAAUGUGAUUUUGGAACCAAACGCUCAAGAGAGCGCCAUCUUAUCAGGAAUAUCGGUUGUACUUACGCUUAUCAAGCCAAUUACAUUCACAGAUGAGCCCAAUUCUGAUCGUCAGCGUUUGCUGCAGAAGCGAGAACGAGAAUUCCAUCAGGAAGUGCAGGAGACUGUGAUCACUGUGAUGGCACCACGCCUACAAGAAUUCGUUCAUGUGCUCAAGAACCCGCCUGCGAAAUCCACAAUUGAGACCACAGCGGCUGUGUUGACGCCCCCCUUUGGCAAGACACGUCUUCAAGUGUGUCGUGUGUUCACUGCCCUGCUGGAGACCAAACACGAGAGCAUUCAACAGGCGAUCUGCGCAACGGAAUACUUUAGUUUGCUGCUGGAGUAUUUCAAACAGUAUUGCUGGAACAACUUUUUGCACACCGAAACGGAAAAGGCCCUCCACAUGGUGUUCUACAAUGAGCUGUCCAACAACAAUACGGCGUCUACGGAGGCCACCGACUUCUUCACCGCCGAUUGCCUGAUCAACGCCUUUCUGAAGGUCACCGAGGAGGAGUUUGACGUUGAGUUAAAGAAUGCCUUGAACGACUAUAAGCGGGAGGAGGGUGAGAACAAUCCGGAUCAGGAUGGUGACAUCGAAAUCGAAGUGGCAGCUGCGCAGGAAGCGGCAGUCCAGGUCGAUGAUCAGACACCAGCCACCAUCCAGGAAGCUAAGCAGGAGCAACCAGAAGAACCAGAACCGCAGAAAACUGUAGUGCCCGCCGAUGAGGAAGCAGCGGCGUCAACCGUGCAGGAGAAUCAUGUGGAGAACAAUUUGGGGGAUGAUGGAGGGGAGCUGCCGCUUGCAGCAGAUCAGCCGGAGAGCGAACCAACGCUCAAUGAUCUGGACAAGACCAAGGAAGCGCCCAAUGCCCUGCCCUCAGAGAUGCAAACGCAUUUGAUUGUAAACUGUCACUUGGUCUCCAAGUUGAUUGACUUUUGGCAGCACAAUGCGCAGGCGCAAUCUGUGGAAAAGGGACGUCGACUGGGCUACAUGGGGCAUCUCAUCAAAAUUCUUCGUCAUAUUACAAAUUGUAUAUCUGAAUCUGAACAUAUCGCUGCCUUGAUGGUCACCAGCCUCAGGGACGAGGCCGAGCAGCAGCUCUGGCAGUCGCUCAUCGAUGCGGAAACUGGCGAAUUCACGCUUGCAGCGAAGCAGCAGAACCAGAUGUUGGCCAACUGCAAUCCGCACGAAGAUCACGAUUACAAUGCGGGCGGCUCGAAGGACUAUCUGGGCGAGACCAACAGCUGGGACAUUGGAACGCUGUCGUACAGCAAUAUGGGAUACAGUGAUCUGGACAACACGUUGCAGGACAUUGUCUUUACCAUGGACAAUGAUCAGAAUCUAUUUCAAUUCGGUCGCAACAUCGACGACGAGGAUGAUGACGAAGACGAGCAGGGCACCCAUUCGGGCGCCGGCGAUGGCCAUGGCCACGGCAUGUUCACAAAGAACUCGAUCACGCUGAGCAAUCUGGCCGAUCCCUGGGACAUGGAUGUACAAUUCUCGGACAUUCCCGGUGCAUCUGCACAGGUCAACACUGGCACCGAGAACUGGGGAACGGAAUUCAAUACGCAUAACUUUGCCGACUUCGAUGCGCACUUUAGCACCUUUGGCAGCGACCUGGGGAUGCCCACAUCACGGCCGCCCGUGGACGUGGAUGAGGAAUCGCAAUCAGUGCCGGAGGUUCUGGCACCCACUCCGGCUUUGAUCGGUGAUGAGAAAGAAUCACACGCGCACAAUGAUGACGAUGAUGAUGAGCCCAUGAGCCCCAAAACUGUCCCAGAUAAUGCUUCCAGCGACGAUCAACAGGCUGAGUAUGACAAUAACGCCAAUGUGGAGAAGGCCUCCAGCGAUAAGCUAGCGAGCGAGGCGAGCGUGGUGGAGGCCACAUCGAUUGUUACGCGACUGCAGUCGGUGCUGUUGGAUGGCGAGGAUGAUUACGAGGACGAUGAGGGCAUGUGGACCAAGCCCUUGGGUGGCGAUCGCCAAACGGAGGAGCAUACCACGCCCAUUUCGAAUGGACCCACCAGCAAAGUGAACGAAUUCAAUCAUGCCAAUGACAACAGCAGCAGUAACAAUGUGGAUGCCCAUGAGGACAGCAACAUCACAACAGCGGAGCAACAGAAGCUGACGGCCGCCAGUGCCAACAAGACGAACAAUGUUGAGAUUGCAACACACACCACAUAGAUACGUUCACUCACCACACACCCAAAUAAACACGCACUCAUCAUCAAAUCUGCAAUUUGUAUAGCAUAAAAUGUGUCGACGACAAUUUGUAAAAAUGCCUUUGAUUUGCUCUUUGGUCAUUUCGUAUACAUACAUACAAACAUAAUCAUGCAUAUGCAACAUAUUUAUAUGAAUAUAUACCACAUACUACUACUUAUACGUACAUGCAUAGACACGUCUAUAUAUAUAUAUAUAUAUACCUAUGUAUAUAUAUUAUAUACACAACAAAAACAGGCUGCAAAAGUACAAGAAACGAUUUGUGCAUUAGCAAAAGGCCGAAACCCGCCCAAAACAAAACCAAAAUGGAAAUGAAAAUGGAAAAAAAGAAAAAAAAAACUGUUUUAAAAGUGAAUGAAAACGUUUAUUGUUGAAUCCUUCUGCUCCUCGCUCGUAUUGCCAAUUAUUUUUUUUAAUUUGUAACUUCUUUCACGCUUCCUAAUUAAGUGAAUUGUAUUUUGUUUGUACUUGUAAUUGUACUUGUAUUAGUCUGUCGUCUUAGUGCUUCUACUUUCAAUACUCUCAAUGUGUUAGGCAACGAAUGAGCAUUACUUAAAGUACCAAAAUUCACCAUGCAACAACUAAUGUCGUAUGAAUAGUUUUGUAUUUGUAUUUCGUGGAUAAUCUAUACAUACAUACAUAUAAUAUAUAUAUAUAUUUACACACCAACACCUACACACAAAUACACAUCUGUAUUGUUGAAUAUUCGUGGGUGAGAACUUGUGCGAGCGAAUAUUUUAUUGAAUGAAAACGAAACGAAGCACAAGCAAUGCCAAAAUACCAAAACAUUCAAUACACCAUACGCUCACACUCACUCACACACACUCACACACAUACACACACUCACCACAUGCUGCAAGCACAAAAAAGUACGCAUUAUGUAUUAAUGAGGUAUAUGACUACAUACAUAUAUACUUAUGUCUUUUGCCAUUAUGACUUUGUUUCUAUACAAAUCGGUAUAACCAAAAAAUAUUCUUUGUCGAAAGUACAAAAAUCACACUGAAAGAAACUACAAAAUGAGAUGAGAGAAUAAGAAACAGAAGCAAUAGAAAUAACUGAAAAAACCAGAAAACAAAAGAAGCAAAGAAACAGCAAGCAUUUGUCUGAAUAUGGAACAAUGUACACCCCCGAUAUAUACACACACACUACAACCUCUACAAGCAACCUCCUCCCUAGCACCUGCCUAUAGAUUCGAUGUUUUAUUCGCCUACCUUCCUCCACCCAGAAAACGAGAAUUUCAAAUGAAGACUUUCCAAGAAGACAUUUUAAAUUUACAUUUACUUACUUUUGUGUAUUGUUUUUAUUUAUAUUUCUAUUCAAGUUGUCGCUGGAAAAUGUUUAUGCGAAUCAAAAACAAAAUACAGAGAAGAAAAACUAAAAAAAAAACAAAAACAAAUGAAAAUGAAGAAAUACAAAUAUGCCAUCUUUCGCUUCCAAAUAAUUAAAUCUUAAUUAUGUUUAAAAAUAAAAACAAAAAACUACUUUAAAAGUAAAA